CCACUCCCUUCGCGAUGCCUACGUCGUCACCGCCGCCGCCGCCGCCGCCGGCCUCGUUGUCAGCCUCCCAGCACCACGCACACGCGCGCUCCUUCAGCAAUGACUACUCGGCCGGCCAAGCCCCGGAGGCGGCGCGUCGUCACCGUCGCGGACGCACGCUGAAUUUAUCGGCCAGUGAGGUGCAUCCGCGGCAGGUCCUCGGCCAGGCCGUCUCCCCCGGUGGCACCCUCACACUCACGACUACCACCGUCGUCGGGCCGUCGUCGCGUCUGGCCGACACCGUCGCCGCAUCACCAGCUUCACUGAGAGUCCCCGGUCCUCUUGAGCGUCGGCCAUCAACACCGACCUCUUCUCAGAUGUCACAUCUCAAAGCGGCCCCCGCCGGUCCGGUGUCGUGGUCCUCCCUCCCGCGGAAAGACCAGCUCGCCAUCCUCUUCCUCGCCAGGCUGGUCGACUUCCUGCAAGUCGCCUCCCUGCAAGCCUACGUCUUUUACCAGCUCAAGGCGCUGGACGCGAGCAGCGGCGGCAACAAUGAGGCAUCGGACGCGCGCAUCGCGCAGCAGGCUGGCAUCCUGCAGGGCUGUUUCACCGGGGCGCAGGUCGCCACCGCGAUGCUCUGGGGCAAGGCCGCCGACGCGGGCUGGUGCGGCCGGAAGAGAGUUCUCGUCAUCGGGCUGGCAGGAACGGCGCUGUCGUGUCUGGGCUACGGCUUCGCGACGACGUUUUUCUGGGCGGCAUUUUGGAGAGCCUUUGGCGGUGCCGUCAACGGGACGGUGGGCAUCAUUCGCACCAUGAUUUCGGAGAUUACCAAGGAGAAGAGAUAUCAAUCUCGGGCAUUCCUCAUUCUGCCCAUGAGCUUCAACAUCGCCGGCAUUUUUGGGCCCAUCCUGGGCGGCGUCCUGGCCGAUCCGAUGAAGACGAUGCCGGGGCUCUUUGGUCAGGGUACCAUUUUUGGAUUCCGCUGGAUUCACAGGUACCCGUUUGCCCUACCGAGUCUUGUCAACAGUGUCCUUUUGGCGACAUGCACUGCCAUUGUCUUUUUGUUCCUGGAAGAGACGUCCAAGGAGAGGAGAGGCAAGUUUGACUAUGGCCUCUACAUUGCCGACCGCAUGAAGCAAGCCAUCUGGGGGAUUAAGCCCACCCACGGCUACACUCAUCUGACUGUCGAGGGUGAGGACAUUCCGCUCAAUCCUGUUCACGCAACGUCGGUGGCCAAAGCGCCGCGGCUGCCGUUCCGCCGUCUGUGGACGCGCAAUGUCAUCUUCACGCUGAUCACGGGCGCCUUUUACGACUUUCAUCUCGGCGCCUUUGGCAACAUUUGGUCUUUGUUCCUGUCGACACCGCGGUAUGCCACCCCUGGGGCGACGGAGAGGCGGCGUGACCUCCCGCUGCUCUUCACCGGCGGACUCGGCAUGCCCGCGUCGACGGUGGGCUUCGCGACGUCCUUUUUGGGCAUCCUGGGCAUGUUGCUGCAAGUCACGCUUUAUCCACCGAUCCAGGCCCGGCUCGGCACCAUCCGCUCGUUCCGCUACUUCCUGUUCCUCUUUCCGAUGGCGUACUUUGUCGCGCCGUACCUGUCCAUCCUGCCCUCGUCGACGGCGCCGCCUGAACCCGCGGGCGGCGGGCUCAUCUGGAUGGGCAUCAUCCUGGUGCUGCUCCUGCAGGUGACGGCGCGCACGUUUACGCUCCCGGCCAGCAUCAUCCUGCUCAACAACUGCAGCCCGCAUCCCAGCGUGCUGGGCACGAUUCACGGGCUCGGGCAGAGCGUGUCGGCCGGGUUCCGCACCGUGGGGCCCGUCGUCGGCGGGUGGUGGUACGGGUACGGGCUUGACAUCGGCAUGGUGGCCUGGGGGUGGUGGGGGGUCGCGGCCAUGUCUGCGUUUGCGUGCGGGUCGGCGAUGGGCAUGUACGAGGGUUCGGGACACGAGGUGUUUCUGGACGGCGAGGACGAGUAG